AUGAAUGAAGCAAGGGCUCUGCAUCAGGGAGUCCCUGGCGCCGUAAGUGCUGCCAAACCGUCCGGACCGACAGGACAUCGGCCCCAGCCAGCGCGGAGAAGAAGUGCCAACCCCAGCUCAACUCCGCCUCUCCUACUGGGCCAACCGACAGCCCGGACCGACGUCCCCAGCAGCCCCAGGCCACAGCCAGCGCGGAGAAGAAGCGCCAACUCCAGCUCAACUCCGCUCCAACUCCAAAGGCACCCGCUCCCCGAUGGGCAGCUAUGGAACAAGUGCCAAUUCGCCCACGGCCUGGCCGAGCUGCGCUCCCUCAGCCACCACCCCAAGUACAAGUCGGAGCCAUGCCGCACCUUCCACACCACCGGCUUCUGCCCCUUCGGUACCCGCUGCCACUUCAUCCACAACCCCGAGGAGGAGCGAGGGCCUCUGCCUCGCCUGCGCUAGAGCUCCAGCCUGGGCUCGGCCUCCUCCGGCCCGGCGCUUGACUGGGCCACGCUGCGGGCGGCCAUCAGCCCCGACCUGGAGUUGGAGCUAGCCCGGACUCUGGGGUUGGGGCUAGGCAAGGGAGGGGGAGGAGGUUGUUGCUGCCGCCAGCACCAGCAGCUCCAGCGGGUGCCCGGCCUGCCCAAGGCCGGCAGGAGCCCAUCCGCAGACUCUCUGACCGGGACGACUCAAGUAGCAGCGGUUCCGAGUCGCCCGUCUUCGAGCAGGGCCGGCGGCUGCCCAUCUUCAGUAGGAUCUCGGUGUUAGACUGAGGGGAGGGGGGUGGAGGUGAGAAGAGAACUGAAUCAGGGUGUUGCCUCUCCCAAGCUGGGCUGGGUGUCGUCUCACACAGGGUGUCACCUUCCCCUCCGGGUUUGUGGGGCCUGUUGUACCCUAGUGUGAAAGACUGGAGCAAGGGGCGGUGGCAUCUUUCCCAUUGAGAGAAUGUAAAGGGCCUGUCCCACUUGUGCGCCCUUGGCUCGCAAAUUACGCGACCUCAUAGUCGCUUGAGGUGUAUGGCCACGCGGGGCCGGUCCUACUUGGAAGUGCGGAGGGGUAUGGAGCUGUGAGGGGCCGGUCCCGACGUCGCGCGGGGCUCCGAAAUUCUUGCAGUGAACAAAAUCUUUGCGCACCAACGGCCUGUCACGGAACUGACGGCCAAAGUGGGACAGGCCCAAGACCCUGGCACGACGCAAAGUCUCACCUUCAACAGCAGCAGAAGCAGGCAAACGAUCGCCAAUCUCGGCCUGGGGCUCACGGCCGUUGCGGUCCGGAUCCGCCCCCACUUCUACUCCCAGAGCGGGGCCAAGAAAAUUGAAGAUAGACACAAGAUGCAGGAGUAACUCAGCGUGACCGGCAGCAACUCUGGAGUGAAACAAUGGGUGACGUUUCAGUUCAAGACCCUUAUUUUCAGACUGAAGAAGAGUCUCGACACGAAACGUCACCCAUUCCUUAUCUCCAGAGAUGCUGCCGGUCCCGCUGAGUUACUCCAGCUUUGUGUCCAUCUUCAAAUGACGUCACGCG